CAUUGUACAUUUGCUUAACCCGCCAGGAAGCCUGUGUAGAUGUUUUACGUCGCUUACAAUACUGGGAAGUCCCCCUUGGUCUUGUUAUUUACAAUGAACAUGUACCAUUACACUUUUUGAUAUGAGAAAAGAAGAUGAUUUUAUUAUUGUAUAUCAGUAUUUUGCUUACCGCAUGUCCUGAUCUAUUGCCUGGUCUCCGUGUGCUGGACACGCUGAACUGUACGCAAGCGGGGCUGAGAUGCGAAGUAAACAUAGGCUACUGCCACAGCCAUGGCUGGAAUAAGAAGGUGAGGAUGAUCCCAACUGCCCCACAAGACUUGCAGUGCACAGUGGCGGUACGGCAGGAUGGAAGCGGCAACCUGGUGCCAGUGGUCGCGGUGAGAUGGAGGACGCAGCUCGAUGGAAGCAUGAAACACCUCAGAGGUACAGAAGUUAACAUGCUGAAGGUAUCAACCAACAGGAACCUUUGUGUUCGUUACAACUUCCUGGAUGAAAUUACACCCGCAAAUAAACAGUGGUUAUUUGCUCUGGAUGGAGUGGUGGUAGAGCCUGAAGAAGAGUAUUAUGUUGUUGUGUCUAACUUGCCAAAGCCAACUAUAGGCCAAGGCAGUAACAACAUCUACAAAAAUAUCGUCAUACCAGGAUGCCAGGACGGCAUGAUGCUGAGGACGAAAGCGUGCCUAGAAAGCGGAACCAGUUGGAAGCCAAACAUUAAGCUGAUGAAGGCACUGGUGAAUGGAAGCAGUAAAAUUAUGGUGAAUUUCAGCCGCUGGGAGUAUGCAGGAAGGUACAAGGUGUUUGUGAGGUGCAAUAUCACGCACUGGGAUGUUAUGCAGGGGAAUGAUACCAGACUGAAAGUGCUGUUUGACUCUGAGAAAUUCCCUGCCCGUUGCUGUCUGUUCAGAGUUUCGAUUCAACCCUUAUUUCCUGGGUGCAAAAAUGACUGCAUUCGACCACAGAAGGAGUUUGAUGUUUGUUCUGCGCCACCCAGUGUAGAGCAUCGCAAACUGCUGGCCUUCGGAACCCUGGGUGUUUUCAUUAUCUGUGUGAUGGCCUUGAUUGUCUGUUUAUACUGCAAAAAACAUCAUGGAGAUCCUUCAAAGACUGACACUGAUGCUAAAGACCCAGAACAGACAACUGAGAGCCCACGGAAGGUCCUGAUCAUCUACUCCCUCGACCACCCCCUUUAUAAGGAUGUUGUGCUCAAGCUGUGCGCCUUCCUCAAGGUGAAGUGUGGCACAGAGGUAGUUCUCGACCUCCUGGACUCCACCCAGCUGGGCGUGUUGGGCCGCUUGCAGUGGCUUGAGUGCCAGAUGGAGAGGAUUGGGCAGUCACCCAAUAAGGUGCUGGUCCUGUGCUCGCGCGGCAUGCAGGCCAAGUGGCGAGCCAUGUGCGGGGGACCCCAGGUGACACUGAAGGAGGACACUCAUUCGCCCAUGGGGGACAUGCUGACCCCUGCCUUCAGCCUCAUUAUGCCAGACCUACUCCGGUCCUCCUCCUUGGGCAAAUACGUGGUAGCCUACUUUGAGGGAAUUUGUGAUGAGAAGGAUGUUCCCUCACCAUUCAGACUCACCGUCAAGUAUAAACUCAUGAAUCAUUUUGAAGAGCUCUACCUCAGGAUCCUGGGCAAGGAGAAGUUAGAGCCAUGGAUGAUUAACCAUGUUGAGGGCAUAAGAGAGAAAGAUUAUCAUCAAUGUCCUUCUGGUGAAGCUCUAAGGGAUGCCAUUGAAGCCUUCCAAACCUACCAACUUGAGAAUCCAGAUUGGUUUAAGAAGGAGUGCAUGGAGAAUGAAGAAGAAUGGCACCCUCUUCUGGAAGACACAUAUGACACUUAUUCCCUUCCGCCGGAGUUCAGGGAAGACCCCUGCUGUGAUCAUGAGAUGGAGAUGGCAGAAGACCAUCAGGAGACGUCUGCGGUAAUGUGUCACAGAGAAAGCAGACCUUCUGUCAAUGAAUGCCAUUCAGCUGCUGACACAGGGCAGCGCCAGAUGUUUUUAUCAGCUGGAGGAGACACAUCAAUCAGCAUCAGUUCUGCCAUUUACUCUUCAGUCUUCAGAAGGCAGCUGUGUUGCACAUCUAAACAGGCAGGGCAUGAACUGCUGACAUCUGCUGAGCACAGUUCAUGUUCGCAGGUGGAGCCAAGAGGUAAUGGAGACACAACGGGGACUGAAGAAGAGCUGCUCCUCUCCCUACGUGAUCUCUCGCUCAGGGGCUCUGAGCUACUGCGGACACUGCAGCCCCCGGAGCCGCAGGUUCUUUACGUAGCUGGUAUCUCCUGCAAACCGGAAAAGGAGGAGGAGAACCCACAAAACCUGGAGGAGCAAGGAGAGAAGAGACCUUAUAGUGGGUCAGACCUGGGUUACAUCUCAAGGUCUUCCCUCCAGAGUGAAAACCUCCAGAGUUCAACUACCAUGCUUUCAGUCUAUACGGAGUAUGAUGCCACAACUUAAAAUUCUGACUACUUUAAUAGUAUGAGGACAGGGAUCUCGCAACAAUUUAUCCUAAAAAAAACAACUAAACAUAAGUUUUAUUUUUGCACUUUUCUGUUAAUUCAUCUUUAUAGUUCCUUAACAUACAUAUAAUAAAACACCUUCCACAGAUGUUCAUGGGACACAUAUGUACCUUUUACUACAUAGAUUUAUUAUUAUUUAUUGGUUUGUUACAUACAUUUUAUUUGGCUAAUAUUUCAUGAUACAUACACAGUUUAAAAAGAAAAUACUGGAUCUUAUCAUCUUUAAGGUAUAAUAAUAUACACUCCUUGAACACAAGUGAUUUGCUGUACUGUAAACAAAGGUACAUAAUUGUAUAAAUUUGGAUAUAUUUCUGCCAAACACAUGUGAUUAUGGUUCUUGUUUUGAUACAAUUGAAUCCUGGUUUUUGAUAUUAUGUUUUAAAAUGUCAAAAAUAACAUUUUAAAUCAUAAAAUAUACUUCUGUAUUUUACAGUCUUUUCCAAUUGACACAUUGUAAUUUUGAUAGUCCAUUAUAUAUAUUUGUGUGUCGCAAAUAGGUUGUGAAGCACUUUGAUCCAUUUGCAGUUCAGGUCACACCUUUGUCUUUCCAAUCAACUUCAGCUAAACGUUGUUAUAAAAAAAUCGAAUUUCCCCCAGGUGCAGCAGUCAGAUUUCCUUUAUAGUACAAAGAUGUCGAAGCACUUUGGUACGUUGUGGGGACCCAAUUAAUUCCAGUCAUGAGAAAUUGCCAUUGCAUAAACAGUUCUAAAAUUAGUUUUUAAAUAUACAGUAUAUAAAAAAUAACAUUAACAAACCAUAACAGCAAUAAUAUACUAGAUACACUUUCAACUGUAAAAAAUAUAAGUAACAUUUUCAGAAUAUUCAUUCCAAUCCCUCUCAUCAAAUAUCUCCCUUAACAGUACUCUCUCUGUAGCACUAGAAAGACAGUUUCACAUCUCCAUGUAUCAUUAUUAAACAUCACCUAUUACACACUGUCUUGAUUUGAGCUGUUCUCUUUCAGUACAGUCAGGAAUAUGCAGAAUUGCAGUGUCUCAAAGACAUACAGUGAUGUUUGUUACAAGGUAGUUAAGAAAUGUUUCUAAGUUUUCUCUGGGGAACUAUUAGGUU